UAAAUAUUUGUGAAUUAUGAAGUUUCAAGCUAUUUUAAGGCAAGGAUUAAGUUAUGUUAACUGAUAAAAGUGACGAUAAAUCUAGAUAAUUUCGGUCGAAAAGGAAUAUAAAAUGCGUAUCGUCUCAAUCCGCGGCGAUGGCAACUGUCUCUUCCGCUCGAUUGCCUACUGCGUCUACCACAACCAAGAGCGACACAGAGAAGUCCGCAUGAAGGUCAUAGACACCGUCUGCAAAAACUGGCACAGAUACAAAGACUUCAUAAUAGGAGACCGUUCGUACGGCUGCGGGUUACAGACCGCCGAAGACUACUACCGUCUGAUGGCCAGGGACGGCGAGUACGCAGGCCACGUCGAGUUACACUCAGCCAGCGAGAUAUAUAGAGACUACACGUUCAAAGUGCACAGGAACGGGUGCGGCAGGACUAUAGAUUAUGGACACGGCCCUGUUGAGAAGCAUUUGCUGUUCUCCGGGUAUUUAGACGCGGGGCAUUAUAGCGUUUUGGAAUCUUAGUUG